AUGAACUCCAUUUCGAGAGCAAGGUUUAUUGGAGCUCUUAGUGGACCUUUUCAAGCGAUUUCCAUCACUUCCAUGUGGAGAAUCGCCUAUGACAUACAAGCCAGGGGUAGUGGUCAUGUCUUUUGGAGCAUUCUGGAGCAUAUGGGACAUGAGGAGCAUGGAGGGACUUGGCAUGGACGCAGCUCAACUGGAUACGCAAAGGAAGAAGGGAGAAGCCAUCUUGAAGACCAGCUCGACCGUCUACUCGACCAACCGGUCGAGUUCCUCAACUCGACCGGCCAAGCUUCAACUCGAUCGAGCUGA